ACCAGCUCAGUUUCGGAGAGGUCACAUCAGUUCACCUGUGAAGCCGAGGCUGGGAGACACGCUGUGCUCUGGCUGAGGAGAAUGGAGCUCUUCACUCAGGAGAAGAUGAUUCCCUACGUCUUCCUCAGCAUUCUCGCGAUGGCCCGAGGAAAGACGUUACCAGGCUCGUGUAGUUUUCAGGAGACGACGUGUGACUACACAGCAGAUGCAGCUUUUCUCAGCUGGAACCUCAACCCUAAUGAUCAUUUCAUCACGGUGGAUGCGAGCUCGCAGGGAAAAGGGGACAAAGCGGUUCUUUUGGGUCCUGAUGUGGAGCUGCAGGAUUGGAGCUGUCUUCGUCUCAUCUAUCAGCUCACCGGAGCCGGCUGGCUUCAGGUUCUCACUCGUUCAGAGGGAGAGAGUUUUGACCACACGCUCUGGUCGGCCAGCAGUCCCUCUGAGAGCUGGCUCAUCGCCACCGUAGACCUGCAGAAUUCAACCGAACCGUACAAGAUUGUGAUUGAGGGUGGGAGGGGCUCGGCUGAAGGCAGCAGUGUGUCCAUCUUUGAGGUCAACAUUUCAGAUAAAUACUGCAUCGAGUGUGAUUUUGAGGAGUCUCACCUGUGUGGCUAUGCUAGCCAGUGGAGUGGAAAUGUGAACUGGUAUGUGGGGAGAGGAGCUCCGAACAACCCUGCACUCAGUGAGGGACCAGGUCAUUACAUGUACGUGGAUUCGGUUCACUCCAGGACUCUGAAGGAAGUGGCCACGCUGCUGUCGCCCAUGAUCUCGUCGCCCAUGUCGGGCUGUUUGAGUUUUCAGUACCAGCAGGACCACGCCGAGGGUCACAUGUUCUCGGUGUACAGCAGGGACCGGGCGCGGCAGUACAGGGAGCUGUGGAGAGCAGACCUGCCUGAGAGCAACCAGGUGGAGCAGGAAACCAAGACCCAGGUGUGGAUUCCUGUACAGGUGACCCUGCGCGCCCCCUACCCCCUGCAGGUGGUAUUUGAAGUCUCGUUUAACAGUCCUAAAGGAGGUCGCGUGCUGCUGGAUGACGUUGCGUUUUCUCCGGAGUCGUGUUCUGCAGGAGCAGAGCCCGUGUUCGACCCGUCAGUGGCAGACUGUGACUUUGAGCUGGGUUUCUGUCGCUACACACAGAACACAAUGGAGACUGAAAUGUGGAAGCGAGUCUCAGUGCGGCCCAAUGUGUACCGCGAGGGAGACCACACGACCGGGAGAGGUUCGUUCUUGUUGGCGAGUUCACGCUUCGUCAUGCAGUCUGGCUCCAUCAGCCGGCUGUUCGGACCUCCUCUGCCCGGGAACCAGACGUACUGCCUGAAGUUCUUCUACUCUCUCAGAGGUUUCAGUAAAGCUGAGCACACUUUAGCAGUGUAUCUGUACAACAGCACCGCACAGAAACACACCCGGGUCUGGACCCCGAGUGACAGAACAAGAGACGUGUGGAUUCACGUGGAGCUCAGUAUCCAGACGCAGAACCACACUCAGGUGAUGUUUGCAAGUACGUGUAAAAGUUUUUGGAACUGUGGUUCUGCUGCUCUCGAUGACAUCGGCCUCCGUCUCGGGGACUGUGAGCUACCGUUAGGUUCUCCUCUGUCGGUUCCUUCACGCUGUAACUUUGAGAACGGACUUUGUGGAUUCACUCAGGAAAAAAAGCGUGACAUGGCAGACUGGGUUCUGAUCCGAGGCCCAACACCGACCUCCUACACUGGACCUAAAGGAGACCACACCACUGGAAUGGGUCAUUAUUUGUACAUCGAGGCCUCCCUGAUGCUGCCGGGUCACAGUGCCCGCCUCCUGUCCCGCCCCCUCCGUGGUUCUAGAGCAGCUCAGUGCCUGCUCUUCUUCUACCACAUGUACGGUUCUGGAACAGGUUCUCUCAGGGUUCUGCUGCGCUCGGAGCUGGAGGAUGGAGACGUGGUGCUGUGGGAGAGGAGUGGAGAACACAGUGUCUCCUGGAUGAGAGCGUCAGUGACCUAUCAGUACGACCGUCAGCACCAGAUUGUAUUUGAAGCCACCCGAGGGCCAUCGAUACUGAGCGAUACUGCGAUUGAUGAUAUUAAAUUUCAAAAGGGACCUUGCAAAGAUGGUGGUCAGUAACUUCACCUUUCACCCUUCAGUUAGUCAGAUCUGAUUUACAGUGACACUCAGCAAGAGAAGAAAUAAACAUGGAAAUUAACGUCUUAAUGUCUUAACGUCUUAACGUCUAAAAACAGCUUUAUAAAGUUUAACCUAAGCUUUAAAGUACCUUUUACAGGUAAUAAUCUCUCAUGUCUGCUUUUAUUGACCCGGUUUCACUCUGUGUGACUUCAGCGGUGUGUUUUAUGAUGAUUCCUCGUCACACCGUACGAGAUCCUGUACAAUAAACUGUGUUGUGAAUUCUA